UUUUAUUUCCUAAACAUUAGAAAUAUAGAGUUACCAAUUACCAAAAAUAUUGAACAUUAUAUCAUUCUUUCAUAUUGAACUGUAUUAUUGAUGUGGUUUCCACAAAAACCUAACCAGGGAUUCAAUCAGCGUUGCUGUGUUGCGCCGCUGACGUCGUUUAAGCCUGUGGAGAGGGCUGAUACUUCUGAGAUGAGUUAUCCGUCAUCAGAAGAUGAUUCAUAUGAAGCAAAAAGGAUGAGUCCUGAUUGGGGAUCGAAAACCAGCAUGGACUCGGGUUAUAGUUCACCUGAACCAGGCUCAAUGGAUCCAACCUCGAUGCCUAAACCAACAGGUCCUGCUCAAAGCAAGUUCCGGGAGCAGAAAAAACAUUUGGAACCUAUAUGGAAGCCAGGGUCUAAUAACCCGAUGGCUGGGAACCAACGUCGCAUACCCUCCCCUAGGCCGGUCACAAAUCAUGACGUGAUAGUUCAGAGGCGAGAUGGUAUGAACAGCAACAGUCACAGCUACAGCAGCAACAACAGCAGUAACCAUCACCAACACCACCGAAGUGACAGCAUAGAGAGCACAAGUUCUGCACCCUUAAAGCCUCAUACAGGAGGGGAUGUGCGAUGGGAUGCUAUAAACGCAGUAAAUGCAAGAGAGGCUCCUUUAGGACUUAGCCAUUUUAGACUCCUUAAGAGGCUUGGGUAUGGAGAUAUUGGUAGUGUUUAUCUUGUUGAUUUAAGAGGGACUUGCGCCCAUUUUGCUAUGAAAGUCAUGGAUAAGGCUUCACUCGCGAGUAGGAACAAGUUGCUUAGGGCGCAGACAGAGAGGGAGAUUCUUGGCUUGCUUGAUCACCCUUUCUUGCCAACAUUGUACACACAUUUUGAGACCGAUAAGUUUUACUGCUUGGUCAUGGAGUUCUGCAGUGGCGGUAAUCUUCAUUCCCUCAGACAGAAGCAGCCUAACAAGUUUUUCUCUGAGGAAGCUGCUCGGUUUUACGCAUCAGAAGUACUAUUAGCAUUGGAGUAUCUACACAUGCUUGGAAUUGUAUAUAGAGACCUAAAGCCAGAGAAUGUGCUAGUAAGGGAAGAAGGUCAUAUCAUGCUCUCAGACUUUGACCUUUCUCUCCGAUGCUCGGUCAGCCCAACCCUUGUCAAGUCCUCCUCUUCUCAUGUGUCUAAUGGAGGUGGUGGUAGUGGUGGAAGUGGAGGUGGUGGGAUCCUCAACGAGGAAUUGGCAGUGCAGGGGUGUAUGCAACCCUCAAGCUUCUUCCCUCGCAGCAUACUCCCUGGCAAAAAGAACAGAAAAUCUAAAUCAGAUUUUGGUCUGUUUGUAAAUGGAUCACUCCCGGAGUUGAUGGCAGAGCCCACCAAUGUCCGGUCUAUGUCCUUUGUUGGUACACACGAGUACCUUGCCCCUGAAAUCAUCCGCGGGGAGGGGCAUGGUAGUGCUGUAGACUGGUGGACCUUUGGCAUUUUCCUAUAUGAGCUCCUACAUGGUACCACCCCUUUCAAAGGGCAAGGAAACCGGGCUACCCUCUUCAACGUCGUUGGCCAACCCUUGAGGUUCCCGGACAACCCAAAUGUCAGCAAUGUGGCCCGCGAUCUCAUUCGUGGACUUUUGGUUAAGGAGCCUCAUAAAAGGAUUGCUUACAAAAGGGGUGCUACUGAAAUCAAGCAACAUCCUUUCUUUGAAGGGGUGAAUUGGGCACUUGUUAGAUGUGCUGCCCCUCCUCAUGUCCCUGAUCCUGUAGAUUUUUCGCGGUUUGCUAAUAAGGAAGCACCUCCCCCUGGCAUGGAGAAGAAGGUUACUGAGUGUUCUACCGGGAGUGACAGCAAUCAGAGCAAUUCUAACGAUUCUACCUACAUCGAUUUUGAGUAUUUUUGAUAAACUAUAUAAAUGAUGAAACAAUUUUCCAUAAUCCAACUUUAUAGUAGUGUUUUUUUUUUUUUUUUUUUUUUUUUUUUUUUUUUUUUUUUUUUGAAGAAGAAAGCCGAGCAAAGCAUUGCAUUAAUCAAUUGAAAGGGAGUCCAUGAGUACAUAGGGGCCUUUCUCUUGGGGAACAUGAUUCACCCAAGUUUGUUCAACUCCAAAAGGAAGGAGCUUAGCG